AGCAAAACAAAAUGGCGGCAGAUAUAGGAAGGAUGUCCUAUCGGAAUACCAAAAUAGUCGUAAUCCCCUGAGAUGGUAUAAAUUACCCGUGGAAGGAAGUACAYAUUUUGCUCAGAUCUGGCUUGGAUUUACAUGUCUAUAUUCUGUACCAAUUGCGGUUUUUAUCAAACGAGAUAGCAAGAUUUACUUGAGUACUUUAUCAUUUUGAACGAUCUCCAGCGGAGUCCUGACCAUUGAUGCAUUUACUUCAAACAUGUCCGGUGAUCUACAAGCAACACUCGAAAUUUCUGUUGAAUUUUCAACAUUUCACAAUGUAGACCUGUUUCAAAGAGGGUAUUAUCAAAUCAGAUGCUCCCUAAAGCCUCCCGAGAAAUCAGUUAGCUGUGUUGAUGUUGAGUACAGAAUAACCAAUGGAGACUAUCAAUCAGAUGAUUGUCUUUUCCCUGCACUGGUCACACCAACAGGUCUGGCRGCUGUGUCCAAGACAUUCCAAAUCCUGUACAGAAAUGAGGAYAUACAGAUCAAUGAUGCUUUUAUUUUUACUCUCAGUAUGCUUGUCGAUAGUAACAAGGUGACAGAACAAAUUGAUCARGCUGAUAUACAGUUGCUGGUAGAGCUUUAUUUCUCAGAUUCUGAAGUUGGGCUUGAUUCACCAGAGGCACUUCAAAGUGUCACGUCACAAGCACUAAAGCUACAUCUUUCCUGCGUCAAAGGACUUCACCACCAUGUUCCAGUCCUCUUUGAUUAUUUUCACUUUGGUGUGAUUGAUACWACAAUUCAUGCAGUUUUAACCAAGCUCAGUCUACCAGAUCCAAGCAUUUUAAAACCAGUAAAGUCCUCAUGGUUUUCUAAGAUUCCCUCCAACGCCAGACUGUCCACACCAUUGUUUUAUUCCAAAUUGUUUGGCAGCAAACCUCCUAACAACGUUCUCAACUCCAAGACACCAGCAGAAGAAAGACAGAUAAGAUUUGCAUAUGACACUCACAGAUCCCUUUGCAGCACAUUGCUGUCUGCUCAAGUCAACUUGUUGGCACACUUUCAAUUUCUUUCUGAAUUCUUACCAGCCAGUCAGCAAAUACAAAUAGAGUCAUUGGAUUUUGGUGAGAGAAUCGAAAAUUUGACUGAAGGGAUUGAGUCUAUACAAAAUGCUAAUGAGGUGUUUUCCAAGAUUUGUUGUGACCUUGACAACAUCAGCUCCGAGAUUGCAUUAGUUUGGUCUCAGUUCAUGGAAUCGUUCACUCUAAACAAGCGCGUCUUACCAUUCCUACAAGAGGAGCAUCACAGACAAAGGAUCGGACAUUUUACAGAGGCCUUCUUCCUUCAAGAGUUUACAUGGGAAGAGCUUCAAAAUUCCCAAGAACAAAGUUUUCAGUUACACCAGAGUCUUGGACAAGGGAUAAAGAGUUCACGUUAUUAUCAGUCAAUCCCGCCUGUUGUUGUCGAAUGCCCUGCCCUGGACGGAGACCACAGUUCCAUGCCAAUCAUCUUUGAAGACAAGUAUAGCCAUAAGGAACCAGAUCAAGCAGAUUUCAAUGAUGCCAGGCCGAGUUCUGACGCACCUAACUCGGCACUUGCCCUAGGGGCAGUCGUAUGUAACGGUAAAGAUAGUGAMGUUCGUCCUGUCAAAGAGACCAUGAUAUUAGAUGAUGACGAGGAUGAGGAUGAKGAUGAUGAUGACACUACUCGUUUAUGCAAGGCUAUUGAACAACUAAACGAACGAAAAGAAAGGAAUCACUCUUUGGACCUCCAGUUUGCAAUUGAUAAUCAAACGCUUGUCACCUCUUUUAAGGAAGAAGCGUCCUAUCCUAAGGAUUCUUCCUCUAAAGAUUUACAAAACAACAGCGAUAAAAACACAAAUUUAAACGAGGACAAAGAAAYUCAGAGUUCUAAACCUGAGGAUGAGAAGGAAAUAAAUGAUAAGGAAAAAGAUGUACCAGAAAAAUGCUACGAAAAUGAUGACGGGAAAGAAUUAGUAAACAAAGAAUCUUCAGAACUGAAUGACACGAAUCAAGUAGUUUCUAGUUUGAACGGCAAUAAUGAACYUCCUCRCAAAGAAAACGAGUUAGAAUCCGCSSAGGUGAAUAAUUUGGAAAAUGGAAACAAAUGCUUAGAACAAAAUAAUGACUCUGAAAAAAUUGAGGAGAAUGAAAUUUUGGAAAAUAUGGCGAGUAGUUUGAAGGCUGAACUUAGCAAAGAAGAUGGAGAUUUGGGAAAAGAAGGCGAUGCUUGUCAAGAAAGUUUGGAGGAAGCAUUCCUUGAUGAAGUGGAGAAAAUAAUGGAAUCAACAGUAGAGAAGAGUGAAGAGGACAGUAGUGAAUCAGUUGAGGUCAAUAUUGAAGAAGGAAAGGAUACAGAAGAAACAAGUACAGCCAAAGUGGAGGAAGAUGCAAGUAAAGAUGAUAAAACUGUAGAAGAAAGUCGAGACGUUGGAACUGAGAGCUGUAAAGAACAGAAAAUUGGAAACACGAAUUUAGAUUCGAGUGAAAAACGUGGGACAGAAGAAGGAAGUGCAAGUAACGUUGAAACGAGUACUGCUGAUGCAAACGAUGGUGUUGCAGAUCCUGUUACRACUAGUGAAGAAAUGCAAUCUCUGACUGAGGAUUCGGAGAAAGGUGAUUCGUCUGGUGGGAMGGACGCCUCUGUGAGUAAUAUGUCUUCUGAUACGGUUACUUGUGAUGACAAUGCUAGCUUGGUAAACAAAGAUUGCGCACCGUUGGGAGAAAUUUCAUCGACAGACAAUGAUAAAGUUAGUAAAGAAAAUAAUGUCGAAGAAGGAAARGAAUGUCAAGGAAGCGAGGAAGGAGAGGGAGCCACAUCUACUGCCGAAAAGUCAAGUGACGCAGAAGCCACGUGUCAAUUGGAUGUAGUUGUGAUGAACGACGAAGAUAAGGUGGAAAAAGAAUUGGAUACUGGAAAAGACGUGUGUGUCACUGAUACCAGCAAUAUAAAGGUCGAUCAAGAAGAUGGUGUGAAGACCAGUAAUGUAGAACUAAGUACUGUAGAAAAAACAAGCAGUACUGUUAAAGUUGAUAAGGUGGGAGAAGACAAUGACAAGGAGACAGGAGACACCGCUCAUAAUCUAAGCACAAGUACGGUAACAUUUGCAAGCGCACUUGAAAGCCUAAGCGAUGUAUCCUAUACCAARCAACCAAGUAUUUCUUCCCAAAACUCACAAGUCACGGACUCUCCGAGUGAGAGCAGCGUGUACGACACCCCAACCUCCUCGGAAACGGCCAUCAGUGCUUCUGAUAGCCAAGCAGAUACGUCUGGCUCAUCGGUGCCUUCUAAAACAAGGAAACAAGCGUCCAAGGAUAAAACAGAUGAUAAGAAAGGCAAGAAGAAAACUCAACCCAAGGGUUUGUCUGGGUCUUCUUUUGUGUCUUGUUUGCCUGUCGGGAACUGUGCUGGAACUACCUCGCCAUCGUUUACCAGGUGUAACUCGGUGUAUGGCGGAAGUACGAGAUCAAGGUUUGAGUUGGCCAAGAAGUUCAUGAAACGUCAAUUGAAGUUUACACAUCAAAUCUACAGUGAUAUAGGUGUGCAGGCUGAACGCGAGCCGUAUUUUACUAAAGAACGACCAGAUGGCAUCGAGUCUCACCUUAUYAUCUGUGUACACGGCUUGGAUGGCAACAGUGGUGAUCUUCGUCUUGUUCGUUGUUACCUUGAGAUGUCUUUACCGUCUUCCCGCAUGGACUUCCUCAUGUCCGAGGUGAACCAGGCAGAUACGUUCGUCUCUUUUGAGGAAUUGACCGAAAGACUMGUUCAAGAAAUACGUCAUUAUAUUGAUGCUUACUCGAUAUUCCCCUCAAAAAUAAGUUUCGUUGGCCACUCAUUGGGUAACAUUAUCAUUCGUUCAGCGUUAACACAUCCUGACAUGAGACCCUUCCUGGACA